AUGGCGGCUGUUUGGAUGGCUCAAUUGAACAUCAAGACCCUCGUGAUCGAGACGAAGUCGUGUAGAACGUUGGCAGGGCAUGCAGACGGGCUCGAAAGUAGAACUUUAGAAAUUCUGGACAGUUUUGGUCUUGCUGGUAUCAUCUGGAAGGAAUCCAACAGGACCAUGGAAGUGUGUUUGUGGCACCGUGACCCUCGAGGAGUCUUAUGUCGCGACAGCGUCUCGCCCAAUUGCAACCCUGGGCUGUCUAGAUUCCAGGAAGUCACCCUUGGCCAAGGACGGAUUGAAGAACGUCUACUCGAAUUCAUUGACAAAUCCCCAAAUGUGCAAAUCAAAUGGGAGACAUCACCCCAGCAACUCCUCAUUCACCAAGACUUGGUUGACCUUCACAGGGAAUAUGCUGUUGAACUACGUCUGGACACAGAUUCGGUCGUGCGCACCAAAUACCUAAUCGGCUGUGAUGGCGCCCACAGCUGGGUUCGCAAACAAGUGGGGUUAAGCCUGGAGGGUAAUACUGCCAGUAACGGCGACUGGGGCGUGCUUGACUGUAUACCAACCACCGAUUUUCCUGACAUUCGCAAACGGUGCAUCAUCAAAGCCCCAGCCGGCAAUGUCAUGGUCAUUCCCAGAGAAGACAACCUCGUACGCUUCUAUGUUCAGCUCUCCGCCAGAUGUGCGACUCGAUUUCGGAGAGACCAUCAGCCUUCUGUCCUCUUGUCAAUUCUUGGCGACGCGUUGAAGCCGUAUUACCUCGUCACCUCUCACGUCGAGUGGUGUACAAUAUACACGGUUGGCCAGAGAUUAUGCACGGAUUUUUCGGUGCAAGAUCGAAUCUUUCUUUCUGGGGAUGCUGUCCAUACCCAUUCGCCCAAGGCUGGUCAGGGGAUGAACGUCAGCAUGCAGGAUACCUACAAUCUGGGCUGGAAGCUGGCUUCGGUCUUGAAAAGCGUGGCUACACCUGCCAUCCUGCAAACAUACCAGGAAGAAAGACUGCCUGUCGCCGAACGAUUGAUCCGUUUUGAUCACCGGAUGUGCUUGGGUGUCUGCUCCGGUCCGGACGAUGAUUUGGCCGAACGAGAAAAGCUGGCAGACUUCAAGGACAAGGCCACAGGACUUGAAGGCACCCUCUCAGAGGAGAACACGACAGCCUCAGGGCUGAGUGUCACCUAUCCCCCGAAUCUCUUGGUGACUGGCACCCGGAACUCUCACUCGCGACCGGACAAGAAUGGAGUCCUCUACUGUAGCAAGCCUCACCUGGCUGAGAACAUUGUGGUUGGUCGACGUCUGCCAGAUGUCCUUGUGCUCUGUCAAAGUGACUCACAGCCAUGGCAUCUCCAAGAGAGACUCCCGAGCACCGGGCAAUGGCACCUGCUUGUUUUCGGGGGCGACAUCAGCCAGGCGUUGCAAAUGCAGCGGGUGGAAGCUCUGGCGAGACAGCUCACCCGCCGUAACUCCAUCCUUGCUCCACGCUGUAUGUCAGGGGCGACAACAGCCGUGGGGUCAGUAGCAGUAUACUUGAUCCAUUCCGCCUCUAGGUUCGAUGUUCAACUCAUGAGUCUACCCCCAAUAUUUCGCCCCUACGACGAUCGGAGGGGCCGUGAGUAUAGGAGGGUCUUCGCCGACAACAAGGGGUUCGCGCCGGGCUGUGGCAUGGCCUACUCGCUCUAUGGUAUCGCGCCGGAGGGCUGUGUGGUGUUAUUGCGUCCUGACCAGCAUUGCUCACUAGUUGUUUCAUUGGAGGACUCGGAUAUUCUAGAACGAUUCUUUUCACUGUUUGUACCGGUGUGA